UCUCGCCUUUCAUAGUUUUCCCUGUCUCUAUUCCUUCCCUCUGUCUUUUUCCCAAGCCACACUUAAGGCUGGAUCUAUAAUUAGCAAGGGGCCUUCGGCAGUAUAUAAGCCCCCCAGGAACAAGUCACCACGCGGCUUCAGUCUUCACUUCUUGAGCUUCUUAGACUUCACACAUACCGUCUCAGCAUGGCACCCAAGAAGGCCAAGAGGAGGGCAGGAGGAGGAGAGGGCUCCUCCAAUGUGUUCUCCAUGUUUGAGCAGAGCCAGAUUCAGGAGUACAAAGAGGCUUUCACAAUCAUUGACCAGAACAGAGACGGUAUCAUCAGCAAAGACGACCUUAGGGACGUGUUGGCCUCAAUGGGCCAACUGAACGUGAAGAAUGAGGAGCUGGAGGCCAUGAUCAAGGAAGCCAGCGGCCCAAUCAACUUCACCGUUUUCCUCACCAUGUUUGGAGAGAAGCUGAAGGGUGCUGACCCCGAAGACGUCAUUGUGUCUGCCUUCAAGGUGCUGGACCCAGAGGGCACCGGCUUCAUCAAGAAGCAAUUCCUUGAGGAGCUUCUGACCACUCAGUGCGACAGGUUCUCCGCAGAGGAGAUGAAGAAUCUGUGGGCCGCCUUCCCCCCAGAUGUUGCUGGCAAUGUUGACUACAAGAACAUCUGCUACGUCAUCACACACGGAGAGGAGAAGGAGGAGUAAACGGUCGUGGAGUCAAGACAGAAAAUGAAGAGAUGAACGUGCAUCCCUCACUGCUUUACUCUCCCAGUCUGUUCUCUGUCCUCCUUCUCUUACUUUGUGCUUCUUUCUCCCUUUCUUCCUUUCCAUCGUCUUUGUUACUCUCAAGCACUUACUCUUUCCAUCUCUCCAAAGACUUGUCUCGCCGAGGCUGAAUCGGGAGGGUGGAGAGGCUCAUGACCACGGUGUCUGUCAAGUGGGGAUAUGGGAUUAUUUUCAAUAAAAGGAGCAUCAUUUCUGUAUCUCUCACAUACUCUCUCUUUCUCUCUGUUUCUCACUCAUUACCCACGACCACCUCUCAUGCAUGAAAGUUGCUGCAUCUUCUGCUGCUGUCUUGAGGGUUGAAGGCAUCUGUAACUUCUGGCUGAAAUCUCUCUCUAGAUAAAUGUGGAAGAGUGCUCAUUCGGAGGGAAAAAGAGGCAAGAUGGAGUGAUCUCACUCUAUAAUAGAGGAAACAGUCAUCAUUCUUGUUCUUUCCCCUGAUAACUGACUAAAAAGAAAGAGAAAAUUAGGGUUUUGUACCGAGAGAGCUUGGCCUCCUAAAAGUGAUGCCAAGCUUAUCUUGGAGGGAGUGAGAGAGACAGACCAUCCAAAGGAAGAGAGGAGAGCAGGGACUGAAAGAAAACAUAUCCUCUUCACUCCCUCUCUCCCCUCCUCUUCACUAUUUCUCUGUCAAGGUUUUUUUUUUUUAUCUAACCUUUUGCUUUCUGCAUCUGGGCCUGCUUUGCUCUGUCAGGAACUCUUCUGUAACCAAUAAAAAGACACAAACUGUGAAUAAAACAUCUUUUUGUA